UAUAAAUAAAAACCCCAAACGCCAAAGCCCUAAUUCCUUCUUCCUCGUAUUUCCGACCCCCUCACCGCCGAAAGACAGCCGUAUUGCACCGUCCAACUCUUAGUUCAGAUUUCUCUCUCUGUUUCUUGGUCUCAAGCUGCGGAUUGAAGUUGAUUUUUUUUCACGAUGGCGGAGGAGGAGACGGCGGCAGAGGUAGAGCGUGUGCAAAGUGGGGAUGAAGAAGCUCUGAGGAGAGAGAGGCGGAGGGAGAGAAAGAGGAAGCGGCUGCUGAAGGAAGCUGAGAAAGCAGAGAAGCGCGGCGUUUGCUAUUUGAGUCGGGUGCCUCCGCACAUGAAUCCGUUGCGGCUUCGCCAAAUUCUUUCGCAGUAUGGAGAAAUCGGCCGAGUUUAUCUCACUCCAGAAGAUGCUUCUAAUCAAAUGCGCCGGAAAAAAGCGGGUGGAUUCAGGGGGCAAGAGUUUUCAGAGGGGUGGGUUGAGUUCAUUGACAAGAAAGUUGCUAAGAGGGUUGCGAGCUCGCUGAAUGGUGAACAAAUUGGUGGAAAGAAAAGGUCGUCAAUCUACUAUGACCUGUGGAAUAUCAAAUAUUUGAGUAAAUUCAAGUGGGAUGAUCUCAAAGAGGAGACGGAAAUAAAGAAUGCUACUCGGGAGCAGAAGCUGGUGUUGGAACUCUCCGCCGCCAAAAAAGAGCGGGACUUUUAUCUUUCUAAAGUUGACCAAUCUAAAGCAAUUAGUAUGAUUGGUGAACGAUUGAAGAAGAAACAGAAGAUUGAAAUGCUACCAAAAGUAGUCCGCCAUUUCCCUCAGAAAAGACCAGCUGGGAACGAAGCCGGAGAGAGCAAGGGCCUACUGUCGAGGGACAUCUUAGCAGGAGUGUUUGGUGGCUCAUCCUGAUAGACUUUACACAAAUCAACCAUCUUUUUGCGAAGUAUCGUUCCCUCAAGUGCAGUUUUGGAGGUUGCAAGCACUCAGAGUUACGUUUCAUGCUUUGUCAUGUUAGUUGGUCUUAUUUCUUUUAUUUUAUGUAAUGUAUCAAUGUUACUCAUUUAUUGCAAAAAAAAUAGACAUUUGCAUGAGGCAAUUUUAUACAAAGGGAUGGCAAAUCUUGAGUAUUGGAUUAAAUAACUCUUUGUGUUCU